AACAGCAUUAGUUUAUUACUUACCCUGGAAUUACCAUACCAAUACAACUUUUUGUGGGUUUACAUAGGGUCAUGAGAGCCUUUUGUUUAGCUUUCUGAUCCAAGUACCGAGUACACUAAAGAUAAAAAGCAAAUGUUCAAUAUGAAAGAGAGAGAGAGAGAGAGCAGAGGUGUUAUUGAUUUAGAUGACAGGUUUCAAAGGGUAACCAACAAACAGAGAGAGCCGGGCUUCAAAAUCAGUAUACGAGAGCGCCUACCUUUACUUUUCUCGGUUUACAAUAUCUUUACUAAAUCACACAAAAAAUGAGCCAAGAAAUUGACGAUCUUAUUCUCGAGCUGGUCGAUCAACCCAACAAUGCUCAAUCUGACGACGAUGAAGGCAUUGAUGAAUACGGACCCGACUUGUACAAAGACGAAGAAGAUCGCCGACGACUACAAGCGCUUCCAGAAGUAGAGCGCGAACGCAUUCUCAGUGAGCGUUCUGAAGAACGUCAACGCAACUUAGAAAGACUCGAAGUGCGGAAAUUGCUCAACGAUGGACGACGUGAAGACAGCACAAGACGUUCCACGCGCGCUAAAGGAAGCAGAACUUCGGGCGCACUGAAUGAAUUGGCACGACGUCGCGAAGAAAAGAAACGUAGCACUCGGCACCGACGCUCGCCAUCACCUACAGAACGACGGAAGAGAGCACGUGCUUCAUACAGCGAUGAAAGUGCUGCUGAAUAUACCGAUGAAGAAGAGGAGGAGGAGGAUGAGGGUCGGGUCAAGCGUACACCCACAUUGGACGAAAUCCAACCCAUUGUUCUCACACGUCAUCGGAUCGAAAGAUGGCUGUAUGCCCCAUAUUUUGAGGAUGUCGCGAUCGGCUCCUAUGUGCGACUUUUCAUCGGCCAGGACGAACAAAAGAAACAUGUGUAUCGAUUAUGCCAAGUUGUUGAUGUUGUCCCUUACCACAAGAAAUACUCGAUUUCCACUGAUAUAUGGAGUAACCAGGCAUUGAAGGUCAAACAUGGAAAAGCAGAAAAGGCGUUCACCAUGGAUAUCAUUUCAAAUCAACCAGUAACACAGCAAGAAUACUCGCGUCUGCUAAGCACUUGCGAAGCUGACCGCGUGCCUCUUCCGGAUUUGGAUGAUGUUAAGGCCAAGACAAAGAACUUUGAAGCUGCACGAUCCUACGUAUUGAACAAUGAAGAAGUAUCUCAGAUGAUUGAAAAGAAACAAUCUAUAUCCGGUCGCAAGGUGAAUGCAUCCAUGGAACAUGCUGUGUUAUUGGCGAAAUUGGAGCAUGCCCGUAACGUUCAAGAUCAUGCACUUGUGGAAAAGAUUUUGGAGGAUUUGAAUGAAGUAAAGGAUUUAGAACGAUCGAGAGAACUGGAAGUGGAGCUGGAGCAAAAACGGCUCAAGGAAAUACAUCGUCAAGCCGCUGCUAAGGCAGAAAUCAGAUCAUCGCAGUGGGAGGAAGACUCUAUCAGAGCUAAAUGGGUCGCUGAACAACUUGCACGGAGGAAGAAAGAAGAGGAAACACCAACCGGACCUGUGGUUGGAUUCCGCGAAUUGUAUCAGAAAGUUGCUGCCAAGACGGAUAUGAUGUUACUAGUUUGACUGUAUGAUUUUCUUUUAACUCCUUAUUAUACGACGUCUUACAAAAUACACCAAGUCACUUUCAGCAUACUCCACACACGAACCCUCCCUCAGCCUCCGCUUUACGUUACCCAUCCCAGUUUUUUUAUUAAACUCUAAGCAUAUGGUUGACAUUAUUAUAAUAAACGCGUACUGCUCAACAGACAUAGCCUCGACUAAAAUAACUGG